AAUUUUAGUUUUAGUAAUCUUUAAAUAAUAGUAAGUUGUCGCAAACGCAUAAGUUUAUUUCUCCCUCGAAUAGUUGUAUAAUUUUUCAAUAAGAGACACUUUUGCGCCCAAUUUUUUAAUAAACAAACAAUUUUCCGUUUGUUUUUCCUCGUGUUGGCAGCAGCGAUUGUUUACUGUCACCUGUCAAGUGCACGUGUUUUUGAGGUUAUACAUUUCAAAAAUGUUACGCCGCCAAGCCCGCUUACGCCGGGAGUAUCUCUACCGCAAAACCGUCGAAGACCGGCAGAAAUCCAUCCAAGACAAGAAGAACCGCAUCAAGCGCAGUUUGGAAGAAAACAUCCCCAUCCAUGGGGACCUCCAAAAGAAAGCUCUCCACUACGCCAAGAAGCUUGAAUGGGAAGAUUCGGGGCCCGAAGCCGCCGUCCAACUCGGCGGUGAGAGUGGCGGGGCCCUCGCCAGCUCUAUCGACGACGAGUACAGAUACGCGGGGGUCGAAGACCCCAAAAUUGUCAUAACGACCAGUCGAGACCCCAGCUCGAGACUCAAAAUGUUCGUAAAGGAACUGCGACUGAUUUUUCCCAACGCACAAAGGAUGAAUCGGGGCAACUACGAGAUGAAACAGUUGAUACAUGCAUGUAGGGCCAACGACGUGACGGAUUUUAUUGUAGUGCAUGAGCACAGGGGGGUCCCGGAUAGUCUGGUCGUUUGCCAUUUGCCCUACGGCCCCACGGCUUAUUUCACAAUGUCGGAUGUUGUCAUGAGGCAUGAUAUCCCCGAUUUGGGGACCAUGUCGGAGCAGUACCCCCACUUAAUUUUUCAUAAUUUUAAAACAAAACUAGGGGAACGAGUCACGAAUAUUUUGAAGUACUUGUUUCCGGUGCCGAAGGAGGACUCCAAACGGAUAAUCACUUUCGCGAAUCAUGACGAUUAUAUCAGUUUUAGGCACCACACUUACAAAACAGUUGAUAAACAGAUUGAAUUGUCAGAAGUGGGGCCUCGAUUUCAGUUACGCCUAUAUGAAAUUAAAUUAGGGACUCUUGACAAUGCAGACGCUGCUGAUACAGAGUGGGCCCUAAGGCCCUACAUGAACACAACUGUGAAAAGGAGAUUUUUAAGUGAUGAAGACGGUUGGCUCCAGGAGGACACGAUUACCUCAUAAUAUUUAUUUGUAUAUUUUUUUAAUAAAUUAUGUUAUGAGAAUGUAGUGUUUUAUUUUCUUAU